AUGUCGACAGUCACUCAAGUCGAGGAGUCCACCAUGAGGGCUCGCUCAGUGCUGAAACUGAAGGGAGAGCAGCAGGCGCUUCCAGAUAUAAACACAAUUAGAAAGGCAAUUCCCGCACAUUGCUUCCAGCCCUCAGCAUUGAGGUCCCUGUCCUAUGUGGCGCGGGAUCUUGUGAUGGCUGCCAGUCUGUGGUAUGCAGCUGUGACGUACAUACCGACCGUGUCUAACCCAAUCUAUCGCACUCUUGCAUGGACCGUUUACGGCUUCUUGCAGGGUCUGGUUGGCGUCGGGAUUUGGAUUCUCGCCCACGAAUGUGGCCAUGGCGCUUUCUCGAUGCAUCGACGAUUGAAUGACUUCGUUGGCUGGGUUUUGCAUUCGUCAUUGCUCGUGCCUUUCUUCUCGUGGAAGUUCUCCCACGCUCGUCACCAUCGCUUCACUGGUCACAUGCAAAAGGACAUGGCUUUCGUUCCCGCGACAGGCCCAACCUCAUUCAUGCAAUCAUUGAGCUCUUUCAUGGACAUGGAAGUCCUAGAGGAUGCUCCUCUAGUGAAUUUGAUUCGUCUGCUAGGUCAGCAAUUGGGAGGGUGGCAGGUGUAUUUGCUCCUGAAUGCGACGGCCGGGGAUGACAGCAUGCAGAAUCAGAAUGCUAAGUGGUGGAGGCGCAGCCACUUCGAUCCUUUCAGUGGGGUUUUCCGCCCGCAAGAAGCCCUAUACGUUCUUAUUUCGGACCUGGGCCUUGCGCUUGUAACAGCGGGUCUGUACUAUGGCGCGCAGGCUCUCGACUGGCAGACUAUUUUCCUAUUAUACGGAGUGCCGUACUUCUGGGUCAACCACUGGCUGGUUGCUAUUACUUACCUUCAUCACACUCAUAAAGACGUCCCUCACUAUGAUGGUGAACGAUGGAGCUUCGUAGCGGGCGCCCUUGCGACCGUUGAUCGCGACUUUGGCUUUAUUGGCCGCCACAUUUUCCACGGUAUUAUCGACACCCAUGUUGUCCAUCACUUGUUCUCACGCAUCCCCUUCUACCAUGCCGAGGAAGCCACGAAAGCCAUCAAGCCUCUGCUCGGCGAUCUCUACCACAGCGAUGAACGAUCUUUCAUGGGUUCACUCUGGGAGACGUCGCGCACGUGUCAGUAUGUGGAAAAUGACCCAAGUAACCCCGGUGUCAUGAAGUGGCAUGAAUAG